AUGCAGGUGGAGACAUCCGCGAAGACUGGCGAGAAUGUGCGACCCUCUACGCUAGUUUUUGGAAUAUUCUUCUUUAGAGCCCAUGCCUUGCUUUCUAGCAUGACGCGUGCCGCCCUGGCCUUCGUGGGGUGGGUCACCACAGGCACCGUAGGUGGGGUGCUGGCCGUCCGGACCUGCUUGCUGGACCUGCAGGCUGAUACAUUCACAGACAGCUGCGAGCCUUCGUGGGCAGCUGAGGAUGAGGUUGUCGCACAGUGCUUCCGUGAGUGUGCAACUUCCCAGUACCGGCUUCAGGGUGGAAUGAAUCCCCAAAAGCCCAACAUGGCGAUAGCAGAGCCCCAAACUACAAAAUGUUCCAACCAACAGCGGCCCAUGGCAUGCCCUUCAUUCCAUCUUACAUGCGUCAAGCCCAUUGAUGAUUCCAACGCUUUCCCGAAUGCCUGCAGUGGCAAGACCAGCUUGAGCGAGUUUCCUCUAACGUAUGGCGAUUAUUACGUGGCUUUCUACUCCUUCGGCACAGCAAGUGAAGAUGGCGAGACCAAGCCCAAAAUCGUGACGAGGAUUGUGGCUGGUGGAGAAAUCUGUUCUGGCACGUACGUGAUUUCCGAUGGUGGCAUAUGCCUUGGAACUUAUCGUGCUGCCAUGGUUCAUAUGGGCCCGCCGGUGGCUCCGCCCCAGCCACCCGCAAUCCAUGGGAUGCCCAUACCAUUCCCGGAGCUGGAUUCCAAUGGGGAACUACCCACAACCAGCACCACUACGACCACGACCACCACUACGACGGCAAGCACGACCGAAACCACCUCAACUGCUGAAACGACGUCCACCACAGCAUCGCCCAAGAAGCCUAAAGGCAGUUUUUCUGGUGCGGGAUCCAUCAUCUUCGGGAUCCUUCUGGUGCUCCUUCUCUUCGCGGCGGGCAUCUUUUUCUUCCUUCGCCAGCACCGGCGUGGCGAUGAAGGGCGAAGCCUGGCGACCUCCCAGGAGAUGGAGAUGCGCACCCCCAGUCGACAGUAA